AUGCGUAAAAACAAGGAAAUUGAGAUGACAUUACUUCCAGAUAAGAACCAUGAAGUUCCAAUUUGUGGUGUCAUGAUGGAUGCUCCUUCAGAAGCAUCAACUUCCAUAUCUUCAUUAAGUACAGCAACACAUUUCGAUGAUAUGGAUAUCCAAUCAUUAGAAAUUGAUGUGCGUAAGAAGCAAGGGUUUAUGGCUACUCUAUUUAAUCUCAUGAGUGCUAUGCUCGGUGCAGGAAUCUUGGCAAUACCUAGCACUUUCGUCAACACCGGACUAAUAAUAUCAAUUAUUUUACUCAUAAUAAUCGCCCUCCUUACGUUUUAUGCUACAUAUAUCGUUAUUUCUGUUGUCAGAAAAACUCAUGCUGAAAGUUUUGCAGAUCUUGCAGAAAAAACAAUCGGAAAGGCAGGAAAAGCCACAUUAUCCGCACUUACGUUAAUAUUUCUGAUUUCUCUUGAAAUUGCGUAUAUUUUAAUCCAAAUGUUCAGAAGAGAUGUAUUGCAUCGGCAUUGGCAAUGUCAAUUAUUUUAG